UGAUGUGGGCUCCGGUAUAAUUCUUGGCAAGGCCGUAUAAGUUCUUGGUAUAAUUGAAACUGAUAAGAGAGCUUAUAGAAUUUCGUUUUGGGCCACCAUGGGCGCAGUGCCGCUCAAGUGGCUGACGCUGCUGGUGAUCACGGUGCAGACGACGGCCCUGGUGCUGGUGAUGCGCUACUCGCGGGCCAACGCGUCCGGCCGGCCGUACUUUGCCAGCACGGCGGUGCUGCUCACCGAGGCGGCCAAGAUGACCGCCGUGCUGCUCACGCUCUGGCUGGAGAACGGCCGGUCGGUGGCGCGCACGGCGGCCCUGCUCCGGCGCGACGUCUGGGGCCAGCCGCGCGACACGGCGCAGCUCGCCGUGCCCAGCUUCCUCUACACGAUCCAGAACAACCUGGUGUUCGUGGCGCUCACCAACCUGGACGCGCCCACCUUCCAGGUGCUGUACCAGCUGAAGAUCCUGGUGACGGCGCUGAUGUCGUCGGUGAUGCUGAAGCGUCGCGUGGGCGCCGUGCAGUGGGUGGCGCUGCUGGUGCUAGUGGUCGGCGUCGGACUGGUCCAGGUGGACAGGACAGCCGCCGCGGACGGCCGCCACCGGCACACCAACCAUCUGGUGGGCCUGCUGGCCGUGCUGGCGCUCUGCAUGUCCAGCGGCUACGCGGGCGUCUUCUUCGAGCGGGUGCUGAAGCACGGCGCCGCCAGCCAGUCGCUCUCUGUGCGCAACAUGCAGCUCUCGCUCUUCUCUGUACCGUUCGGCGCGGUGGCGGCGGCCCUGAACGACGGCGCUGCGAUCGCCGAGCACGGAUUCUUUUACGGCUACACGGGCUACACGUGGGCCGUGAUUGCACUGCAGGCGCUGGGGGGCCUGGCCGUCUCUGCCACGGUCAAGUACGCGGACAACAUCCUCAAGGGUUUCGCCACGUCCAUCUCGAUCCUGCUGUCGGUGCUCAUCUCGUGGGGGUACCUGGGCGACGUGUCGCUGUCGGCCGGGUUCGCUGCCGGCGCGCUGCUCGUGGUCGGCGCCACCUUCCUGUACAGCUGCGGUCGGCCGGCGCCGCGCCCGGCCGCCGCCGCCGCCGCCGCCGCCCGCCACAAGGUAGAGUAGCGCCGGCCGACCGACCCGCGACUGAGCGGCCGCGCCCCGGGCAGCCCUGUGACACGGCAACCGCCCGCUGCACUGGCCAUCACAGGGCAUUAGAUUGAUGAGCGUGUGAGAUUAGAUAGUACGUGAUUCAUAAGUGUACUGAGGUCACGAGGCUGUGUGUCGUUUUAAAAUGUCGGUCAUACUUUGUCCUUAUUGUAACGUAGCUGACAGCGGCGCAGCAUCAGCUCGGUGCGGUACCCAUGACAACCUCAGCCAGUUCGUCAUCCAAUCACCAGUAGCAGCUGGCCUGCUCAACUGCUACCACUGACAUCACUUCAAUAAAUAACAUUCUAUCUUUAUGGUCUUAUCAAUAUGUCCUCCCUUAAUCUGGUUGGAAUACCUAGCUUAUGUCAAAUUAUGCAUGUGAUGUUGUAGGUAACCUAUUCAGCAAUAGAAAAUUAGCUCUGAUUAGCUUUGAGCUUUCGCUUAGUUGUCUUUCUUGGAAAACCUGUAGUAACGGCUCUUGCUGACAUUAUGCAGCGCGGGUGCCUGCCUGGAAUAUUCAGCGACAUAGUCUCAUAUUGGGGCUCGGGCGGGUGUGUGAGCGGGUGGUGGCGGCCGUUGGCUAUUGCCGUGUGACCAGGUGUGACCGGCCUCUGUUCCCGUGUGUCAGGUGUGACCGGGUGCCGGGGCAGGCGCGCGCCACCCACUGUGAGUAGGUGGGCCGGGCUCGGCCGUCCGACCCCGUGUGCCGUCCGUCCGUCCGUUAGCCAGGGCCGGUGUCCGUGUGCGGGCUCCGGCGCCCAGCGGCGCGCCCGGCUAGUCACCGUGUACUCGCAUGGCAUGUCAGCAGUGUGUCCGGCCGGAGCUGGCGCCGACUGGCCGGCGGCCGGGCGGACCCGCCUCUGCCGCCGCGCUGCCGGCACGGGCGCGGCUCGCAGACCGCUGGCACACACCCGGUGCGGCAUCCAGUGCCAGUAGCGGACGGUAGUAUCGACACGACACUAGCGUCCGCCUUCAGCUGCCCUGAGCGUGUCACCGCCAUCCCCAUACAGCCGAGUUUGGCCAGUAAUUUGCCAUUGCCACCCCCAGCGCCAGUUGCUCUCGUACUGCACCGAGCCACUCUAUGGCGGCCGCAAAUCCCGCGCCACCAUCAAAUCGCAGUUAAUGCAUGCAUAUACCCCCCCCCCCCCCCCCCCCCCGCCACAAUAAAAGACUUUUUGCUGCCAGUGGCUGAUUGCGUCUCCUGGCCUUCUUGCUCUCAUAUGGACAUCUCUCGCUUGUGUUGAGCUUCGUUCUCCUUCCGCUUUAUCAUUUUGGUUGUUGAAUCCUUCUGGCCUGUUAUUAGUGUUGUGUUUUCCUAGACUGGCUGUUUUCUUUACGCUGUGGAUGUUUUUUUGCUCCAUGUAUUGUUAAAUGUGUACAUAGCUUCCAGCUUUUCAGCGGUCGUCAUGUAGUGUAGGCGGCGCCGCCGGAGCUGGCCGGCUGCUGGGCCGACGCGCGCUGCACUCGGAGCUGGCGCCGGCCGCUGCGGCUCUGUGGCCCGUGCCGCCGAGCGGGCGAGCCGUGCCGUCGGCGGCCCCUCGGCGCGGUCAGCGCCUGUGACAGUGUGCCGUCUGCGGCCCCUGGGCGCGGUCAGCGCCUGUGACAGCCGUGCCGUCUGCGGCCCCUCGGCGCGGUCAGCGCCUGUGACAGUGUGCCGUCGGCGGCCCCUCGGCGCGGUCAGCGCCUGUGACAGCCGUGCCGUCGGCGGCCGCUCGGCGCGGUCAGCGCCUGUGACAGUGUGCCGUCGGCGGCCCCUGGGCGCGGUCAGCGCCUGUGACAGUGUGCCGGCCGGCCGCCGCCCGGUUGGUGCUCAGUGCGUGCGCCGCGGUCGUCACUGCGGCUCUUCUGCCGGGCCAUUGAUAGUGCUCAUUCGUCGCUGUGUUCCGUUUCGUUUUUGACUUGGAGUGUAUGUCUGUGACUGCACCUAUGUCGAUAGUGUCAUUAUAGCACUACAUUAAUAGAAGAUAUGCUAUGAAUA